UAAACUACCAGUGGACGGUGGGGUGGGGGGGAGAGUGGAGGCUGAGGGAAACACUGAAAUAUUGCUUAUAUUUCGCUAAAUUGGUUGUGGUAUAGUUGUCAUUUACCAGAGAUAAAAAAUAAUAAAAAAAUAAAUAAUAAUAAUUAAAAAAAAUAAUAAUAAUUGGGAGUCCGUAGCUGUAUGUAUCGGAGGGGGGAAAUUUAAAGUGGUUUUCAAAAAUCACGGCAGGGUUGUGAGAGACCGAGUCGAGCUGGUUGUUUUUUUUCUUCCCCUUCGUUGCUUGUUGGAACUUGUAGACAUGACUUCCCUGAUACAGCGGAGCUCGGGCCUAGUGCAGAGACGGACCGAGGCCUCUCGUACGGCUGCCGCCGACAAGGACCGAGGGUCCGGGGAUGACGACUUCGAGCCCCGCCGCCGCUGCAGCGGGGAAGAACAAGAGGAACGAGACAAAGGAGACUCCAAAGAAACUCGACUCACUUUGAUGGAAGAAGUACUACUAUUGGGAUUAAAGGACCGCGAGGGCUACACGUCGUUCUGGAACGACUGCAUCUCGUCGGGGCUGCGUGGCUGCAUGCUCAUAGAGCUGGCCAUCAGAGGACGACUACAGCUGGAGACCUGUGGCAUGAGGAGGAAAAGCCUGCUCGCCAGGAAGGUGAUCUGUAAAUCAGAUGCUCCGACAGGGGAUGUGCUAUUGGACGAGGCUCUCAAACACGUGAAGGAGACACAGCCCCCAGAGACGGUGCAGAGCUGGAUUGAGCUGCUCAGCGGUGAGACGUGGAACCCUCUGAAGCUUCACUACCAGCUGAGGAACGUGAGGGAACGCCUGGCCAAGAACCUGGUGGAAAAGGGCGUGCUGACCACGGAGAAACAGAACUUCCUCCUCUUCGACAUGACCACUCACCCGCUCACCAACAACAACAUCAAACAACGCCUCAUUAAGAGGGUUCAGGAGGCCGUGUUGGAGAAAUGGGUCAACGACCCGCACCGCAUGGACAAACGGCUGCUCGCCCUCAUCUUCCUGGCCCACUCGUCUGAUGUCCUGGAGAACGCCUUUUCCCCUCUGCUGGACGACCAGUAUGACCUGGCCAUGAAGAGAGUUCGGCAGCUCCUGGACCUGGAGCCAGAGGGGGAGAGCACGAAGACCAACGCCAAUGAGUUGUUGUGGGCCGUGGUGGCCGCCUUCACCAAGUGACCUACCACCUUCAGACAACAGAGGGUUGGGUUGGUUAAUGACGAUGGUGGUGGGUAUGGUGUGAAGGGAGAGGGAGACGACAGGACCGUUUGCGUGGGACAGAGAGGAGAGUGCUCGUUCCUGACUUGAGUUCACCUCUGCCUAGGCUUUUCUGAACAGAAUAGACUGCUCCAGACCUGUCCGACGAUUUUCCUGUUUUCUUUCCUUGUAGAUAACUCUCUCACUCCUUCCUCCAUAAUGGUAUUUUGUGUCUCUGCGAGAUGCAAUAUAAAUCGCUGACUUCUGCAAACAAACAAACAAACAAAAACACCCCAAAAAAAACUCCCCUCUCAUGGAGAAACGUUUUGGAUACUGGACUGACUGAAAUAUGAAGAUUCAAUCAUCUUCCUCUUCCUCAGAAAUGUCUUUCUUCAAAGUAUGUUAUGUAUUCUCUCCUGGUACCUAGCUCUAACUAGACUAACUAACUCCUAACUAGCUCUAACUCACUGCAACAUGUAUUAAUCCACUGUUGUUCAGUGAUGUACAUAGAGAUUCCAUGUAAGUGAAACAUAGUAACACUAUAUGAAUACUAGAUUUAAAAAAAAAUAUUUGGGGGGGGGGGUUGAUUUCCUCUCCAACGUGAUCAUGACGACAUGGUCUGAAGUUUCCUGUUUCUGAAUUUACAUUUAUGUUUUAUGAACGAAUGUUUCUCUCAUUAAGAUGUUUGGGUUCCAGGUAAAUGUGAGAGAUCAGGGCUCCGUCUGAGUUCUACCUUACUACAUAUAUAUAUAUAGUUAACUUAGUGUCGUAGUGUACUAUAUAGGGAAUAGUCUCUGUUCAUUUUCAGAUUAACUAAACCCUUCAGGUCAGUUUUUUGUCUCUAAAGAGUUCUGCAGAGGUAAAGACAUCUGCGUUCAUAGGUUCGGUUUGAUCCGACACCCAAGAGUUCAGUCUUGUCUGUUUCGACUGGGAAGCAUAAGGAAAGCUUGUGUCUAUCUAGCUCUGGGAAUCAUCUUUGGACCAGGGCCCACUAGUGCACUAUAGAGGGAACAGGGUCCCCCUAGUGCACUGUAGAGGGAACAGGGUCCCACUAGUGCACUAUAGAGGGAACAGGGUCCCACUAGUGCACUAUAGAGGGAACAGGGUCCCCUAGUGCACUAUAGAGGGAACAGGGCCCCCCUAGUGCGCUAUAGAGGGAACAGGGUCCCCCUAGUGCACUAUAGAGGGAACAGGGCCCCCCUAGUGCGCUAUAGAGGGAACAGGGUCCCCCUAGUGCACUAUAGAGGGAACAGGGUCCCCCUAGUACACUAUAAUAUAUCCCAUUUAGCAGACGCUUUUGUCCAAAGCGACUUACAAGUCGGCUGGGGCCACUACUUUUACAUAUGGGUGGCCCCAGCGGGAAUCGAACCCACGACGCUUGGCGUUGCAAGCGCCAUGCUCUACCGACUGAGCCACACAGGACAGGGUCCCCCUAGUGCACUAUAGAGGGAACAGGGUCCCCCUAGUGCACUAUAGAGGGAACAGGGUCCCCCUAGUGCACUAUAGAGAGAACAGGGUCUCCCUAGUAUGCUAUAAAGGGAACAGGGCCCCCUAGUAUGCUAUAGAGGGAUCAGGGUCCCCCUAGUGCGCUAUAAAGGGAACAGGGUCCCCCUAGUGCGCUAUAAAGGGAACAGGGUCCCCCUAGUGCGCUAUAAAGGGAACAGGGUCCCCCUAGUGCACUAUAGAGAGAACAGGGUCUCCCUAGUAUGCUAUAAAGGGAACAGGGCCCCUUAGUAUGCUAUAGAGGGAACAGGGUCCCCCUAGUGCGCUAUAAAGGGAACAGGGCCCCCUAGUGCACUAUAGAGGGAACAGGGUCCCCCUAGUGCACUAUAGAGAGAACAGGGUCUCCCUAGUAUGCUAUAAAGGGAACAGGGUCCCCCUAGUGCACUAUAGAGGGAACAGGGUCCCCCUAGUGCACUAUAGAGGGAACAGGGUCCCCCUAGUGCACUAUAGAGGGAACAGGGUCCCCCUAGUGCACUAUAGAGAGAACAGGGUCUCCCUAGUAUGCUAUAGAGGGAACAGGGUCCCCCUAGUGCACUAUAGAGGGAACAGGGUCCCCCUAGUGCACUAUAGAGGGAACAGGGUCCCCCUAGUGCGCUAUAAAGGGAACAGGGCCCCCUAGUGCACUAUAGAGAGAACAGGGUCCCCCUAGUGAGCUAUAGAGGGAACAGGGUCCCCCUAGUGCGCUAUAGAGGGAACAGGGUCCCCCUAGUGCGCUAUAGAGGGAACAGGGUCCCCCUAGUGCGCUAUAGAGGGAACAGGGUGCUAUUUGGGAUGCAGACAUUUGUCUGUGCCUCAGCCUUUCUUCAGUGUCUACGUUUCUGUCCGUCCUUCUGAACGUGAUUUCGUAACGAAGAAACCGCUCCAAUGAUCCAGUACGGAAUAAAAGGAUCAUCUCUUCGAGAACUUUCACCUGACUAUCAUGUUUCUUGAAGUCAUUCAGUUUAUUUUUGUAACUUUCUCAUAAUCAAUUUGUCAUCAGUUGUGUCUGUUCACUGCAAAGGUCUGAAAUUAAUAAAACAAAUCAAAAUGA